AUGCGUCUAUGGCUCCUCGUAUUUGGGAUCAGCAGUCUUGUUGCGCUAUGUGCGUUUGCUGCUGAUCCUCUCGUUCUCCAGACACCUGCGGAGAUGUCUGCUUGCUUGCCAGUCACGUUUACUUGGACAGGUGGAACGCCUCCCUACUCCCUCUUCUAUCACAUUGGCUCUGGUGCAGUCGGAGAUGAGACAUACUUCGGCGCACCCAUCUUGAUCGGUCAAACAAAGGAUACGCAGAUGACCUUUGAUGCUCCAGACAAUCCAAACGAGGCCGUCAAAUUUAUCCUUGUCGAUCAAGAAAACAUGGAACAAGAUGCUUGGUUUCUUAUUCAACCCUCUGAUAGAUGCACUGGCCCGCAUCCAUAUACUUCGACGACCGCUUCGGGUGGUCCAUCUACGGUCAUCCACAUACCACCAACACCGAUCCCAACAGCCCCAUCAACACUAAUAUCUCCGACCCUGCCCUGGUUUCCUCCUCCAUCCCAAACCACCGACGUCAUGGUCACUAGCGACGGUCCCAUCCCUUCCCAAGGACCGUUGCAGUCCGGCACAUCUGAACAACCCGGAGCGCCUGGAUCCGAACAGAGCUCUGUACAAGGUUCUAUGACCGCAGCACCAGGGCACACUUCGCAGUCACCUGGUCAAUCUCUUGGUGGUGUAAAUACCAGUACUCGAUCUCAAAGUGCCGCAGCACCAUUUCGCUCACAGAAUGCUGGAAAUGACGAUACCAGCCGCACCCCAAUAUCGUCUCAAGCCCGCAAUGCGAUCAUAGGCACGAUCGUUGGGGGUUUGUUCUUGCUCAGUGGUCUCUUUUGUUGGCAAUGGCGUCGAAGGCACAUCGCAAGGAAAAGGCAGCGUACGAUUGUACCGGUUCUUCCGCGGCCAUCCUCUUGGAGAGAUGAUGAACAAGGCAUCAUGAGCGAACGACCUGGACAAGCCUUUGUCUCACUGACUGGUGUAGGGUCGUCCACGACUCACGACCCUCCUCAAACGCCGGGAACUGCGCGAAGGAUUGCUCCAGAGAUAAGCGAAGGAGACCUACAGGCUAUGAUGGCACUUCAUGCGAGUUCACUCAACUCUGAGCCAUCACGAAGUCGUGCUCAGAGUAGAGCCCCAGCCCCCGUGCUAUCGUCUUCAAGUACUCAUAAUUCCUCAUCCCAUCGCCCGAAUAUCAUCACAGACAGCCAAACUCGGCCCACUCCAAACCCUACUCGGUUAUCUUCUUCAGUACCCACGACACCAGACUCGCCCUCGGCACCUGUACGAUAUCCAAACGAAGCUUUAAGAUCUGCACCCCUUCCUUCGCUUAGCCCUAAAGCUAGGCGAGAGUUUGGCAGACAUGCAGGCCUCCCUCAUAGCCCGUCGUCGAUACAUGCUGCGUCGAUGCAGGCGCUCGCGCCUAGUACUAUCUACUCUCUUGGCGAAACAGCGUCGGUGCCCUCUGUGCGACAAGUUGGCCAGGCUCACACCACUUUAAACGAUACAUCUGCAGAAGAUGAAUCAUCCCAUUAUCCAGACGAUUCCUCGCACGAUGGAGAGAGCCCACAGGCUCCGGAUUUCCAAUCCCCCUCGUACACGGCACAUCAGGACACUGGCGAUGCGUCUCUUCAAAGCCUAAUCGCUCAUGAACUCGGUAAUCUAUUUACUCAAAACCAUCCGGCCAUAGUAUCCGUGGAUGCUUCUGAACCUCCAGCAUUCCAUCCUGCGAGUUCAAAAUCGCAGAACGCCAUUGCUGAAGCCUCCUCACAACCACAUCGUCGAUUGCAAGUUGUCAAUGCCAUGGGGGCCAAUAGUUCUCGUGCUGGUGUAUCUGAUAGUGAAGAGGAUAAUAUUCCAGCGACACCCAGCUCGGCAGCACCGAGCUCCGGGCGCUUGGGCCACGCUGCAAGAUUGCAUCCAACUCUUGCACCAAUUUCACCCGAUCCUUCUCAUUACGGUGGCACAAGACGGCUUGUAAUGUCAAGGCAGGACAUGGAAUGUCUUGCUGAUCUCGUCGCGGCCCGUAUCCAACAAGGACAAGGCUCUCGCCUCUCAUCAAACGGCAGCACUGGAACUCAUGGUGCGCACACAUUACAAAAUGCUCCACAUCAUAUGGACGAGGUCUCGGGUCCUCCGCCGCCGUCAUACGGAUAG